AUGGAUGUACUGUUAAAUACUUUAGACAGCACAAUCGUAAAGUUGGAAGAAAAAAAAAAGGUUUUAAUAGAACAACGUGAAUUAUAUGACAAAUUAAAAAUCAAAUUGCUAGAUUACUUUCAAAAACAUGUUACUGAUACAGGUACUGCAAAAGAUACCAAAAUAACUGGGCAAAUUUUCGGAGAAUUAAUUGUCUCGCCAUAUAAGAUACUUCGAAAUAUUGGAUGCGAAUAUUUUAUUCAAAUAACUAAAAAUGAAGCACUGGAGUUUGUUUCUCAGAAAUCAUAUUUAUUAGAUGAAGCCAUUGAAAAAUUUAAUAAUAGUUUAAGCGAAGCUUAUGAUACAAAGAGAAACUUGAAAGUUUUAAUAGAUGAAGAAAAUAAGACCAAUAAUGGUGAUAGCAAUAUAAACAAGAAUUCCGCUGAGGAUAAUCAAGAACUACCUAUUCUAGAAAUUAUCGAAAAUUUAGAUGAUGAUGGAAAUAUAAUUUCUAGCAGUGUUAGAUCCAGCGAAGAUGCUUUAAGUUUAGAUCAUGAGACCAAGAAAACCCAAAAACAUGAACUUAAACAUAAUUCAAUAAUGAAUAUAAGAGAAGAAUUGGAUGAAGAGGGCAAUAUUAUAGAUAGCAAAAUUAGUGCACAGCCGGAAUUGUAUAAUACUAAUGAAGAAAAUCCGGACAUUUUAGAAAGCAAAUUGGCUGACAAACAAAAGGAUUUUACUGAUAAUGAGGAAUUUUAUCAAAUGCUAGAAGAUAUGGGCGUUAUUUCAGAUAGUAAUAAAUAUUUGAAUCAAAAGCACAAUGUUGAUAGUAAGGAAAUAACUUCACAUUCAAAAGACGUGAGGGAAACUAAUUUAGUGGAGGGUACAGGACAACAGGAAAAGGAAAUUAAUUCAUGGGAGGGAAAGAAAAAUAACGUUACAAACAUUCCAAAAAUCAAAGAAGUUGAAGACUUUUCUGAAAUUGAGUUGAAAAAAGAUAAUUUACCUAUUACAAAUGAUAUUACUAAUCUUAAUCCAGCAAUAGACGUCAAAGAUAUAUAUACACUAGAAGAUAUUAUUCAAAAAUUUGAAGAAACUGAGUUGCUUGAGGACGCUACUGAUUAUGGCUCCGAAGAGGGUUCUGAACAACAGUCGGAAGAUUUGACCAGAAAUUAUAAUUUUGAAGAUUAUAAUCCUGAUGCCUUAAAUAGUAGAUUUACUAGUGGAUACAAACAUAAAAAUGAGCGCAUGGAAGAAUCUAGCUAUAUUGUUAACGAUGACGAUGACGAUGACGAUGACGAUGACGAUGACGAUGACGAUGACGAUGACGAUGACGAUGACGAUGACGAUGAUGAUUAUGAUUUUCAAACUAGCCCUUUUAUGGUAACUGGUAGAAGAUCUUUUAUGGAUGAGCUCAAUACAUUAAGAAGUCAAAAGUUAAGGGAAAUUAAGACUGAUAAACCCAAGUCUAUUUUAAAAAAUAAUGAUAAACAGCAAAACAUUAAUUUUGAUCUCGAGACAAACAUCAAGAAAGAAGCUUCAGCUAAAUCUGAAGGAAAGGGUAAGAAAGCGGUUGGAUUUGCGCCUGCUCUUGACAUAUAUGAGGUAGAAAACCUAAAAGAGGAAACAAGGGAAAAUACUUUUAGGUUUCAAGCGUUUUCUCCGAAUAUUGGACUUGACCAGGAAAAAGAGGUUAUUAAUUUUGGUGUUGAUGAAAAAACAAAAGAAAUGUGCAACGAUGUAUCUUUACAAGAUGUUGUAAAAACUUCAACCAAGAAACUUACCGAACAAAAAUCUAAGAAAUCAAGGGUAUCAAGGUUUAAACAAGAUAGACUAACUGGAUCCAAACUGAAUGGAGCUUCAUCUAAAUUUACAGAUACGAUUUCCAAUGACGUGGUUGAAGUAAAUCAUUCAGAAUUUAUUCCUAGCACUAUUGAAAAUGCUUCAUCCAUUGUUUCUAACAUUGUUGAAAAAGAUAUUCCUGUAGCCAAUACACUUACAAAGAAGGAAUGUUUUAAUACAGUUGCUGAUUCCUAUGUGCAAAAAAAAACAAAAUUCUUGAACAAAAAAUUUAAUUCUUUGAACAAACCCACUAUGAUACAAGAUACUAAAUCAUUGGAUAUUACCUUUUCAGAUGAUGAUAACGAUGAGGAUUCAUCCAUGACAAAAGAUAAAAUUGAAGAUAAAAAAGACGUCGAAGAUGUUUUACAAAAAGAAGAAAAUGGUACCGCUAUUCCGAUAUCUUCAUCAUUUGAAGAAAAUAAAAACAAUACUAAUUAUAUUAAACCAAACGUAGAUUAUGGUUCUUUAUCAACUAAUAUGGAUGAUAUGGCUAAGGCUUAUUCACUGGGGAUAUACGAUGACGAUAUUGAAGACGCUGGUGUAGUAGUAGAAAAGCUGGAUGAUUUCGAACAAUAUAAUAAAGAAUCCGAAUAUUUGAAGGAUGAAAUUAGAGAUUUUAUUGAAAAGGGAAAUAAUGAUGAAAUUGAUGAAAACGAGAAUGAACAAUUAUAUCAAGAAGACAACGAUGGAACAAUAAUGGGUGAUAUUAUGGAACGUGAGAUGACAUGUACAGUUGAAGAAAGUGAAACUUCUCAUGGGGCUGAUGGUGAUUCCUAUAAUUUAAGCCAAGAUAUUUUAAAUGACGAAGUUAAAGUUGCCUAUCACAGAUUGAAACAAAAAUUUAUAGCAGAGCAAAGAUAUGUGCAAAGCAGUAACCAAGAGUUUGAGCCUAUUGAUGAGAAUGGAAAUCCAAUCAAAAUAAGUAGAUUUAAAGCGUCAAAAAUUCAGUUUAAAUAG